GCUUUGUUAACACACUGAGACCAAGUCUAAGUUGAUACUGCUUUGUAAACACACUGAUUCAAAGUCUAAGUUGAACCAAGACCAAGUCUAAGUGGAGCUGCUUUGUAAACACACUGAGACCAAGUCUAACUUUGUGGUGUUUUUCCUCAGAAUUUGCUCGUUUUAUUUUUGGUCAAAGUAAGACAAUUUUGAAGUUGUCUUUAUUUUCAAAGGAUCAAGCCAUGAUUUCAGCAGUCCGGUCCAGUCCAGUGGGAAUAGACUUUCCUCCAUGCGGUCCCUGAGCUAGAAUGAGUUGGAGCCCCCUGGUCUAGGGUGUAGUCCUCCCCAAUGAAAGGCCCUCCAAAGAGUCCUGUAUUGUUUUUAAUGGCGACUAAUCUGCACUUCUGCUAAUGUUGAAGAAGUGAUUGUGAUGUUGUGCUUCAGUGUUCAGGGUCAGUGUCCCAAACUGGCAAAACAAGUCCUUGGUCUCACGGUUCUAUGCCAAGGGGCCCCCAUCCCUGCAGCCAAGAUAGGAUCACUGCAUCAGGGCUCAGUCGGACAGAUUUACACCUGGCUGGGUUCGGAAACCGUUGUUAAAUACCUUCUGUUAACCGUUGUUAAAUACUUUCUGUUAACCGUUGUUAAAUACUUUCUGUUAACCGUUGUUAAAUACUUUCUGUCAACCGUCUCCAAGCCAUCUGAUCUUUAGGCUCAGAUGGCCAUCAGUCCUCGCUCACGUGUCAAAAUAUCGGUCUCUUUUUGAAGUUCAUUUCAAUGAUACAGUGAGCCUCCCGAACGUGAGGUGGCGCCAGUGUUGAUGUUGAAGUGUAGCGAGCCUCCUGGACGUCGGGUGGCGCCAGUGAGUUCUUGGUCCUGCAAGCUGGCGCUGUGUCGGGGUUGUGCUGCCACUAAGUCGCUGCGCACAGAAGAGGACAAAGAGCUGCAAUGGACGGUGAUGUCGCAGUUGGUGUGAAGAGAGGCUCAGAUGAGCUCAGCAUGUACGGCAGCAGCCCAAACACUCUGACUGCAAACGGCAGUGACACUAAGAAACAGCGUCUGGACGAGUCGCCCCCGUCCAGAGUUCUCCACAUCAGGAAACUCCCCAACGAAGUAUCGGAGACUGAAGUCAUUGCACUGGGUCUGCCCUUUGGGAAGGUGACCAACAUACUGAUGUUGAAGGGGAAAAACCAGGCAUUCCUGGAGCUCAGUACAGAGGAAGCUGCCAUCACCAUGGUGAACUACUACUCAGCUGUUACACCUCAGGUCAGAAAUAGUCCCAUCUUCAUCCAGUACUCCAACCAUAAGGAACUGAAGACCGACUCUGCUCUAAACCAGAGAGCCCAGGCAGUACUGCAGGCUGUGUCUGCAGUGCAGGAUGGAAGUUCUCCAUCAUCGGACCCUGGCAUUCUGGACCUCGCUCCACCUCCCAGCCCCGUGCUGCGUAUUAUAAUCGACAACAUGUUUUAUCCCGUCACCCUCGAUGUUCUGCAACAGAUAUUCAGUAAGUUUGGGACUGUAAUGAAGAUCAUCACCUUCACCAAGAACAACCAGUUCCAAGCACUUCUCCAGUUCAGUGACCCCACCAACGCUCAGCAGGCCAAAGUGUCUCUAGAUGGACAGAACAUAUAUAAUUCAUGCUGCACUCUGAGGAUCGAUUUCAGCAAGCUGGUGAAUCUUAACGUCAAGUACAACAAUGACAAGAGUCGAGACUACACCCGGCCUGAUCUGCCCACUGGAGAUGGAGAGUCGAACAAGGAUCAUUCAUUAUUGGGCACUCCAUCUGGAGCGCUGGCCUCGUACUCCAGCGCCGCAGGUUAUUCCUCAUCUCUCUCCCUCUCGCAGGGAGCAGGCGCCAUCAGUCCUCUGAGCGCCGCCGCCGCCGCAGCAGCCGCCGCAGGCCGUGUUGCUCUGUCAGGGUCCGGAGUGUCAGGGGUCCUGUUGGCGUCCAACCUGAACGAAGAGAUGGUCACGCCUCAAAGUCUCUUUACCCUCUUCGGUGUGUAUGGUGACGUGCAGCGGGUGAAGAUCCUCUACAACAAAAAGGACAGCGCCCUCAUCCAGCUGUCAGACGGCAACCAGGCUCAGUUGGCCAUGUCUCACCUGAAUGGUCAGAAGGUGUUUGGGAAGGUGAUGAGAGUGACUCUGUCCAAGCACCAAACUGUGGCUUUGCCCCGAGAAGGACUGGACGACCAGCUCCUGACUAAAGAUUUUUCUGGUUCCCCCCUGCAUCGCUUUAAGAAACCAGGCUCCAAAAACUUCCAGAACAUCUUUCCUCCUUCUGCAACACUUCAUCUCUCCAACAUCCGCGAGGGCAUCGGAGAAGAAGACCUGCGUCUGCUGUUCUCCAACAGCGAGGGUUCCGUCAAGGCCUUCAAGUUCUUUCAGGAUCGCAAGAUGGCUCUGAUCCAGAUGUCGUCAGUGGAGGAGGCCAUCCAGGUGCUGAUAGAUCUCCACAACUACGACAUGGGCGGCAACCACCACCUCAAAGUCUCCUUCUCCAAGUCCACCAUCUAAAGCCACGCUGCUACAAAACCUUAGCGCUGGUAAGAACUGUCAUUAGAGUCCAAAGUCAGGGUCUGUUCAGUGGAGUUGUCCUUCCUGCCGGGUCAUCUGCACACCAACAUGGACACUUUUUAAACCACAUCUACACAUCAGCAGACUUGUAUCAUAAUGUGAUGGUGUUGUGAGCCAGGUCAGUGGGCUGAUAUCAGCAGACUUGUAUCAUAAUGUGAUGGUGUUGUGAGCCAGGUCAGUGGGCUGAUAUCAGCAGACUUGUAUCAUAAUGUGAUGGUGUUGUGAGCCAGGUCAGUGGGCUGAUAUCAGCAGACUUGUAUCAUAAUGUGAUGGUGUUGUGAGCCAGGUCAGUGGGCUGAUAUCAGCAGACUUGUAUCAUAAUGUGAUGGUGUUGUGAGCCAGGUCAGUGGGCUGAUAUCAGCAGACUUGUAUCAUAAUGUGAUGGUGUUGUGAGCCAGGUCAGUGGGCUGAUAUCAGCAGACUUGUAUCAUAAUGUGAUGGUGUUGUGAGCCAGGUCAGUGGGCUGAUAUCAGCAGACUUGUAUCAUAAUGUGAUGGUGUUGUGAGCCAGGUCAGUGGGCUGAUAUCAGCAGACUUGUAUCAUAAUGUGAUGGUGUUGUGAUGAAACAUUGAAAUAUUAAAGUCACUAUCAGACUACUUUUUAGGCAUCCACCCAAUUCUUUAUUUUUGGGUACAGACUUAAUUGGGUACUUUUGACACCAUUCCAAUUCUGUACUUUUUUGUGGCACAGAUUGAGUUGUGUACCUUUUUUGUCAGCAAUCACAAAGUGGAGCAGUGCCAUGUUGGCACUUGGCCAUCACUCCAGCAGCACUGAGAGCCAACUACCUGGAGGUAAUGUUGCAGUUUUCAAUGGCAGCAAAGAAAUUGACUUAAAAAAAGCUCCAACAUAAGUAAAGUUAAGCUCCACUUUUCCCAAAACAUGCUAACAUUCUGCUAAAUGACAUUGGCUUUGCAAUUCUGCUACUAAUUAGUCUUUUUACUUGGCCAGUUGAAGUCCUCCAAAUGUGAUGAAAAGCAGCUUGGGUGCCUAACAAGUACAGACAGUACUUCUAGUGCAUGGACUAAAGCGAGGAGUCAACAUUUAACACACAGUUCAUUUGUAGUACAAUGUCUUUUAUUGUCAGACAAUCAGGUAGUGUAGUUAUAUGACUAAACAUAUUUCAGGAGUGUAAAUGUGUUAGUGGUCACAUGACUUCAAGUGCAUGACGCAGACACAUUUGUUACUGGAUACUUGUACUACAUACACUCCUGCCUCAGGAGAUGUUGCAUGUGCAUGUCUAGUUGGACACCUGCUUAGCUGUUGUGUAGCCGCUAGUAUAGCCUCACUCAUCACUUCCUGUGAGUGCCUUUGAUGUUAUUAUUGAUCCAAAAGGCACUUUAGUCUGUGAGGUGACUAUGACCACAUUUACUCAUGUCUCUGCUGCACAGAACUCAUCUACCUACCUACCAAAUGUCAGCAAACACUUGAGGUUUAAUUAGAUGUCCCCAGCUCAAAAGUGUCCAUGUUGGUGUAGACAUAACCCGGGUGUGAUGGUGUAAAUGUGUUGGUUAGGAGACCACUUACUCACCUUCCAAACAUGCCAUCAUCCCAGGUAGAAUAUUUCAGUUUGGACAACCCUGAGGUGAAAUGAAGAUGAAGCGUGAAUAAUUAGUGAAAUUGAGAAGACGUACUUUGUGAACAGGUGUUUUGGUGGCAGACAGGUGUGGACCAACGUACAUGUGCCUUUAGUUACUACUUCUUCUUCUUCUUUCUGUCCCCCCUCCCUCGUAAGAUGAGUCCCAACAACUUAGUGAUGUGAUGCUUGUUUUCUUUGAGAAGAUUGUAUGUAGCUUUUCUACUUCUCAUUAACACUACUUCUUCAGUUCAAGUGACUUUGUUUUCACAGCAGAAUGUUGAUCUUUGUGUGUAACUUAGCUGUCAAUAAAUGUCUUCUUUCUUCUCUUCA